AUGUUUUUAGGUGAAGAUGAUGAUCUACCUGAACCCACUCCCUAUGACACUAGAUUUUCGCAAGAGGCACGUUUACUGCGAUUAGAGAAGGAGAUGGCCUUGUUGAAGAAGCAGUGGUGUGGGUGUCGAGGUGGACCGUCGCAAUCCCUGGAGCGAUACAGUGAUGUUAACCCCACAGAAAUAUCUGAAAAAAAGGUAGAGAGAUCGUGUUCUCCUGAUUCUGGUCUUGGUACGUCAUUGGAGUGUCGUAGCGAUAAUGGGCAAGUGGAUAAAGUGCAGUACGAACUACGACAAAUCGUUCCACAUCUCUCACCAGAAUUUAUUUGUUCUGAACGUGAUGCAGUGUUGCUUCUUUCUGUUAUACGCUCUGGUUCUACAUCAAGGGGAACAGAAUCGUGGGGGGAACGCGUUGCAGUAUUAGAGUCUGAGCGACGCACACUACAGAACAAACUUGAUAGAAAACAUCAGGAGUGUGAAGAGCUUAAAGAUGCUGUGGCAGACCUGAAGCAGAAACUUCGAUCGACGCAGCAGCAAGCACAGGCGUCAUCUUCCUUGUUGUCACAGAAGCGCGAGGAGGUACGCAAACAGCUUCUUCUUGAGGAGUCAAGAACGCAGAAACUUCAGGUGCGUAACGGAAAACUGGAGAUGGAGAUUGAUCGACUGAAAGACAUGUUGCAUUCUCAUAUGCGAAAGUAG